AGAGAAAAGAAGAGAGACAUCACUUCAUGAUGAAGCUGCUUGGCGGAAUUACCUUGUUAUUAGCAAUAGCUGUUGCCUUUUACAUCUACAUCCCAUUGCCUAGGACAAUCUCAGAACCAUGGAAACUGAUGGUGUUGGAUGCCACGUUCCGGGGAGUUGUGAUGAUGGGAGAUGUUGCUCACUCACUGGGUUUGAGCCAUAGAGUCUACGUUAUCAACUCUGCCAUUGUCAAUUUUGAGAGUCUGGUGCCGAUCACAAACCAAAAGAUCCAGAUUGAAGAUAUCCUGUUUGAUGGAGUCCAUGUACGUGUAUACCAGCCUCCUGGAAAGGACGGAAAGCUGAGGAGAUCAGUUAUGUUCAUCCAUGGAGGUGGAUGGGCCUUGGGCGCUCCAAAGUUGGGGUCAUAUGACAGUCUCUGCAGACAGAUGGCAGCUGAUCUGGACGCAGUGGUUGUGACUGUGGAUUAUCGCAAGGCUCCUGAUGUGCACUUCCCAGUGCAGUAUGACGAGUGUGUGAGGGCCGCUAAGCAGUUCCUGAGGCCAGAAGUGCUGGAGAAGUAUUCAGUCGAUCCAGAGCGAGUAGCAGUGUGUGGAGACAGUGCUGGAGGAAACCUGGCCGCCGCAGUGGCUCAGCGGACUGGAACAGACAACACUACUACUGUGAAAUUCAAACUGCAGGUCUUGGUUUACCCAGUGCUUCAGGCACUAGACUUCAACACAGCUUCCUAUCAACAGAACCACAAUGUUCCCAUCCUGUAUCGCAGGCUAAUGGCCCGUUUCUGGUUGGAGUACCUAGGGGCCGACCUUGACCUUGUGCACUCCCUUAUUAUAAACAACCACACUGCCCAAGACCAAAACCUGAUGUCCUUGAUCCAUUCAAAGCUGGACUGGACCACUCUCCUCCCCAAACAACUGAUAAAAAAUUAUAAGCCUGUGUUUCCAGUGAUAGGCUCUCCAGGUAUCUUAAAGGAUAUACCAGCGUUACUGGAUGCCAGAGCUGCUCCGUUACUGGCAGAGGACAAGGUUUUGCGUAUGGUGCCGCGUGCUUACAUUAUGACCGGUGAGCAUGAUGUUUUGAGGGAUGAUGGGAUGAUGUAUGCCCGCAGGCUGGAGCUGGCAGGGGUCUCUGUCACUAACGAACAUUACGAAGAUGGUUUUCAUGGCUGUGUGAGCUUUGCUUUCUGGCCCUGCUACUUCUCUGUGGGAAUAAGGGCAGUGCACAAUUAUAUCACUUGGCUUGACGAACAUUUGUAGUUAUAUUUCAAAUGUGUCUAUUAGGGAUUUCACACAUUGUGAUGCAAUCUUUUGCAACACAACCGAGGAUUUAUAUUGUACAUCGAGUGAAGAAAUGAAGUAUUUGAUGUUCUGCUAUUUUAAAAGAACUGUAUUAUGGAUUUCAAAUAAUGACUAACACAUUUAUGUGUAUUUUU